UCUUCAGUCCGCAAUUUGGCGUGAAUUAAUCGAUGAUCUUCCUGUCUCUACUGAGGAAUUUAAUUAUAUUUUGACGAGCCAGAACAAGUGCUUGUUAUGCCUGCCCAUCUGGUACCACAGGAGGCGGUCAUAUCACCGGUGCUCUCCGGCUGAAUGGACUAACUGUUUUCAUUUGCAGGGUUUCGUAAGUGCUGCACCCUGAACGCACUUCUGUCUUUCUGCGGAGGUUUCACUUGUUCCUCUGAGCUUCCUUCCCGUUGGCUCACAGAAGUCACAUCCUAACAUGGCUCGGAGACCCUGGCUCUUGCUUACUAAUGUGUUGUUUGUUCUCUCGUUUGGCGCGGAAGGGGCAUACAGCAGGGAGAGGGUUUACUUUAUCGGAAUCAUAGAGGACGACUGGUCUUACGCACCAAGUGAAAAAAACCUACUGAACGGACGAAACAUCGAAGAUGACGAACAUGCAUCUAUUUUCCUGGAAAGAGGGAAAGACCGCAUUGGCAGUACCUACAAGAAAGCAAUGUACAGAGAGUACACAGACGACACCUACAGCCGCCUGGCGGCCAGGCCAGAUUGGCUUGGUUUUCUGGGACCCGUAUUGCGAGCUGAGGUUGAUGACGUCAUCAUAAUUCACUUAAAAAACUUUGCUAACAGGAGCUACUCCAUACAUCCCCACGGACUUUUCUACGUGAAGAACACAGAAGGAGCUCUGUAUCCAGACAAGACACUCAAUGAUUUGAAGGAGGACGACUCUGUCCCUCCAGGGGGCAGCUACACUUACCGCUGGGAGGUAAGACCGAGGUUUGCUCCCACAAACGAUGACGCCAACUGCCUGACCUGGAUCUAUCACUCCCAUAUUGAUACUCCAAAGGAUAUUGCUUCAGGGCUCAUUGGACCUCUCAUCACAUGCAAAAAAGGAAUUCUGAAGAAUCCUGGAAGACAAGUUUCCGAGUCGGCCCGCAAGGAUGUCGAUCAGGACAUCUAUCUGUUGUUCAGUGUGGUGGAUGAAAACUUGAGCUGGUACCUGGAAGACAACAUUAAGAGAUGCUUGGAACCAGACGAGGUCUCUUCAGACGAUCCAGAGUUUGAGGAGUCAAACUUGAUGCAUGCCAUAAACGGGUACACAUUUGGUAAUCUGCCUGGUAUUAAGCUCUGCCAGCACCGGCCUGUAGCCUGGCAUUUAUUUGGGAUGGGUAACGAAGUGGAUAUCCACAGUGCUUUUUUCCAUGGAAACACUCUGCUGGACCGAGGCCACCGCACUGAUACAAUCAGCCUGUUUCCGGCCACGUUCGCUACUGCUACGAUGGUCCCAAAAAUGAGAGGAAAGUGGCUGCUGAGCUGCCAGGUUAAUGACCACUUACAAGCUGGUAUGCAGGCCUUUUACGAAGUGAUGUCAUGUGACUCUUCGUCUGGCAGCACAACAAUACCUGGUGUUGUCAGGAAUUUCUACCUGGCAGCAGAGGAGGUCCAGUGGAAAUACGCCCCCUCAGAAAAGAAUUUGAUUAAAAACACAUCGCUUACUGAAGAGGGCAGCGCAUCAGAGGUAUUUUUUAGUCGAGAUGAUGGAGCAAUUGGAGGUACCUAUGUAAAAGUAAUAUACAAAGAGUACACAGACAACACCUUCACCCACGUCAAAGCAUCACCAUCCCACCAUGGACUCCUGGGUCCUGUUCUGAGGGCAGAGGAGGGCGAUAUUCUUAGAGUGACAUUCCAGAACAAGGCCAAUAGAAGCUACAGCAUUCAUCCUCAUGGACUUCACUAUGAGAAACAUUUCCAGGGAACCAGCUACGAAGAUGGUUCUGACAAUCCAGGGUCACAUGUUGACCCGGGUAAGAAAUUCGUCUACACUUGGCGGGUGCUGGAAGGCCCGUCGUCGUCCGAUUCUCCCUGUAUUCCCUACAUGUACUACUCCGCCACGGAUCCUGUCAAGGAUACCAACUCCGGAUUAGUUGGACCUCUACUUGUGUGUAAACGAGGAGCGCUGGGGAAGAAUGGAAUCCAGAAGGGUGUUGACAAGGAGUUCUUCCUCCUUUUCUCUGUCAUGGAUGAAAACCUGAGCUGGUACCUGAAUGAAAACAUCAAGCUUUUCGGCACUGCUGAGACAGAUGAAGAAGACAAAAACUUUGUGGAGAGCAACAAAAUGCAUUCUAUAAAUGGACUCAUGUACGGGAACCUUCUGGGGCUGGAAAUGUGUGCCGGGGACAAUGUCAUGUGGUACACCUUUGGGCUCGGCACAGAGGCAGACAUACACGGAGUGUAUUUUGAGGGAAACACCUUUGAGAAACAAAACACCACACGUGAUACAGUCAGCCUGUUUCCCCACACCACUGCAGCUCUCUUCAUGCAGCCGAAUAAUCAUGGUCUGUUUGAGGUGGACUGCAGAACAACAGAUCACUUCUCAGCUGGCAUGAGGCACCUUUACAAAGUCAAACCUUGCAAGGGCAAAAGAAUACAUGCCCCACACUCUGACCCUCCCAGGAUUGUGAAGUAUUAUAUCAGCGCAGAGGAAAUUGAAUGGGACUACUCACCUACAAGAGACUGGGAGCUGGAGAAACACAAAACAAAAGCAGAGGAGAGUCCAGGCAAUAUAUUUGUGGGUAAAGGGGAGAACAGGAUUGGCUCCCGCUAUAAGAAGGUAGUGUAUCGUGAAUACACAGAUGAAACCUUCAAAAAUCAGAAGGCACGGGAGGAACACUUGGGCAUCUUGGGUCCGAUAAUCCACGGAGAGGUGGGAGAGCAGAUUCUGAUUAUAUUCAAAAACAACGCCAGUCGGCCGUACUCCAUCACCCCACACGGAGUCAAGGCCAGCGGCUCACACAUUGCUGUUCAACCUGGCCACAUUAUUGAGUUGACUUGGGAUAUUCCUAAAAGCUCUGGCCCAACAAAUACAGAUCCGAACUGCAUUACCUAUGCUUACUUCUCGUCUGUUGACUACAUCAAGGAUCUCUUUAGUGGUCUUCUUGGGCCCCUGGUGAUAUGCAGGCCUGGGACUCUGGUUGACAGACAAAGGCGGGACAUAGACAGGGAGUUCGCGCUGCUGUUUUUGGUGUAUGAUGAAAACCAGUCCUGGUACUUGGAUGACAACAUCAAGACAAACCUUGGCGUUGAUCCUGGAACAUUUAUAAAAGAUGAAGACUUUGAGGAGAGUAACUUGAUGCACGGAAUUAAUGGUAGACUGUAUGGUAACCUCCAUGGACUGGUGAUGAAGGAGAAUGAGAAAGUCGACUGGUAUCUACUUGGCAUGGGCAACGAAGUAGACAUGCACACAGUUCACUUUCAUGCCGAAACCUUCAUCUACAGGACGGACCACAUGCAUCGUGCAGAUGUUUUCGAUUUGUUCCCUGGGACUUUCCAGACUGUUGAGAUGGUGGCGGCAAACCCAGGGACAUGGCUGCUCCACUGUCAUGUCUUUGACCACAUCCAUUCAGGCAUGGAGACCACUUAUACAAUAAAAGCUACAGCAAGCAACUUGCCAGCUGCAGCACCAGAACAUAAAGUCAGUUUCAAGACGCUGCUGUUCGCACCUGGAUUCGUUCUGCUAGUCAGAAGAAUUUAUCGAUGAGGGACAGAUGAUUGUGUGUGUGUGUAAGCACAAGUAUGGUCGAUGAUGCACCUUUCUUUUAAUGACCUAAUGUAAUCAAAACUAUGUAAGAUAAUGCAUUAUAGAUUGUAUUGUGUAUGUUACGUCAACCAUUGGAUGGUCAUGCCUAUUUCAAUAACUUGAUGGUAUUUUUGAAUUGUGCACUGUCAAUCCAUUAUUUAACAAAAGGGGAGAUGUUGAACCAAAUAUUUUAAGUUGGUUUUGAAUGUAUGGGUAAAUCUAUUUCUUCAAGCUGUUUUGUGUUCUCAAUUUGUUUUUGAUGAUAAGAAAGACAACGGUUUUUGUUGGGUUUUUUUUACUUCUGCAUGUGAGCAUCUCUUACUACCACAAGGUGGUGAUCAUUCACGCAUGCAUUCAGUCUGGAAACAAACGGAAAGUUAUUCAAAGAUCAGGUCGUCGAGUCUGUCUGAAUGCAGCAGUCAACAAAGUCUGCAUCACGGUUCACAGAUUUAUGGAUUUUUGUGAAGCAGACUAGCAUGGUGUAAAAUGGUGAGAAUGUUAUAGAUUUUGUGAAAUUAGGCUGAGUUCACCUGAUGGAUUCAGUCCAUUAGCAAGAGCUUAGUUUUUCAUGGGAAGUUUUGUUUAAAUGGGGAACAAGAAAGCUGUGCUGUAGUUUCAAGUCAAACUUCAUUCAAACCAUGUGUUGUUUUUCAUAAGGUGCAUUUUGUUUCUGAUUUAGUUAUUUUGUUUCUGAUUUAGUUAUUAACUGAAAUUACAUUUUAACCUUGGUCAAGUGCUCACAUUUUGGUUACACAGCGACUGUUUGUGGGUCUGGUGGACUCGCUGCAUUUUACUGUUGAAGUUCAGCACAAAAUAAACGUUUUACUUUAAAAUAAAAUAAAACAUUUUCACUUCAAUUACAUCGACAUAAACAGAAAAAAAUUUGAUUUUUGCCUUAAGACUUAAAAAAAAACAUUGUAAGAAAAAAAAAGUAUUACUCAUUCAUGUUUGCUCUAUGACGAAAACAUUUAAAUUUAAAAAGGACCAAAUUUCUUUUCAACAUGUUUAUCUUAUUACAUAAAAAUGAAAUGUGAUUGUAGUUUGUUUUCUCAAUCUUAAUGUUGCUCGAAAAUAAUAAUUUUUUCCUCAAGAAAUCCAUUAGUUGGUCACAGAACAUUUUCAAACAGGCCUGUAGUUAUUUGUAUUUGUAGCAGAUGGAUUUCCUUAUGCCAGGCAUCAUAUUAUUCAAAACAAUAAGGCUAAAUAUAUAACAUCUGAACUUGAAAAUCAGUCUGUAUAUAACUGCUUUAUGGCUCCAUGAAGCCCACAGACCCUGAAAGUUGGGAAAAACUAGUGCCUUGAAAUUUUAAACCUGAAUAUUUCUUUCUUACAGUUUAUGAACUUUAAAAAAAUAACAUGUUAAAAUCCCUAAAUCGCUCCUCUGGUAUCUUCCCCAAUGAACCAGAUAUAUAAUGAGACACAUAAACCCUAUGAAGUAAAAAAUAGUACACUGUUGGUUAAAUUUAAUUGUGGUCUAUUUGUGUAUGCAGGAGUUUGUGAUAAGACUGUAUAAUUAUUAAGCCUUUCAUGGGCACUCAUAGUAACAGGUCUAGGAGACGAUCCUUCAUCACUUCCUGAAACACAAAUCCAGGGUGUGAUAGAGGAGAGUUUCUUUACCUUUCAAUCAAACAGUUUGACCUGUGUACCAGCAGAAAUUAGCAUAUCAGUGUUUAUGUCCCUGUGAUUGCUGUUGUUCACUCAGUGAUUGAUUUACAUAUUGAUCACGUCAGAUCUAGAGUCCACUGCAAGUUAAGACAAACACUCCCCAAACUGAAAAACAACUUUUAACCAUCAUGGAUUUGUAACCCUUCCAACUUUCCUGCAAUUCAUUUAGAGGUCUAAAUCUUUAGGUAUGAAUAUUAUAGUAUGCGUGAAGAAAUACUGAUGAUUCUUUUAUCUAUUUUUUUUAGUCACAAAAUGGGUCAACAUGAGGAGGCCUAAUGUUCAGCAUCCAAGAAUUUGUUAAAUUAAUAAAAUAAACUAUAAAAAACA